GGUACAGUAGCAGAAUUGGCCAACCGCCAGCGUGCAUCACUGCUGAGGCCACAGUCUGCAGCUGCAAAAAUGUCCAUAUUGUGUCUGUAUUCACAACUAGAGCUUUCUAUAACUCCUUAGCUGUACUCUUAAAGGGAAAACAAGCUUUUAGCAGUCGAUGCCAUUGGGACAGCUGAGAGGAAUGGCAAGAGAACCCACAGGGUUUGAUUAGGCCGGCUGUGUGUUGGAGGUUCACAGUGUGUAAAUAAUGUCGUACAGUAACCGAGAGCUAGUGGAGUCCUUUUUAAGCUACAAACUGUCUCAGAGGAACUAUCCAACCUCCCUGCUGAGGCCAGAUGAUGCCGGUGGAAGGACUGAGGCAGACAAAGCCAACUCACCAGCCACAAAUGGCCUGCUGGCCAACAGCAGCAACGGGGGCGGCCAGCCAGGUGCUGACAUAGAGGCUGUUAAAGCAGCACUUCGGGACUCAUCUGAAGAGUUUGAACUGCUCUUCACACAAGCGUUUAGUGACCUCUCCACGCAGCUCGACAUCACUCCUGACACAGCCUACCACAGCUUUAAGAGCGUGAUGGACGAGGUGUUCAAGGACGGAGUCAACUGGGGACGUGUAGUGGGCCUGUUUGCAUUUGGCGGCGUGCUGUGUGUGGAAUGCGUUGAGAAGGAUUCGAGCGAGCUGGUCUCCCGCAUCGCAGACUGGAUGACCAUGUACCUGGAUGAGCACAUCAAUCCGUGGAUCGAGAGCCAAGGAGGAUGGGACUCCUUUGCUGAGGUUUUUGGGCGAGACGCAGCUGCAGAAGCGAGGAGAUCUCGGGAGACUCUGAGUAGGUGGCUGCUGGUUGGAGUGGCGCUGCUAAUGGGAGUUGUGCUCGGUGUCCUCAUCGCUAAGAAACAGUGAAGGUGCUGCAUUUUGUCCACCGCCGCACACCCCGUGUAAUGCCAACAAGAAGAAAAACUUAAUAGUUGAUGUUUACAAAAAGCCCAGUCUGCUUGUGCACUGACAGAUUGUGGAUUGGCUGAUGCCAUUUGUGGGAGUAUCCAUAAUAUGUAGCUUGGUGAGCUGUUAUACUUCUCACCCCGCUUUGUCCUGUGUCUUUUAUUUUUUUAACACACAGCAGAGAUUAUCACUUUGUUAAAGGGUGUUAACUCUCCAGACUGGAAGUGCUUUAAAUGAACCUGAUAAGCUAAGAGACAGUGAAACAGAUUCAGCUGGUUUGAUGAGACUGCCUGUUUUUUCUGUUUUGUUCUGUUUUGUUUUCUUUUUUCCUUUGUGUGUUAUCCAAGGACCAAAUUUUACUACUUACAAACUAAAAAGCUGACAGAGAAUAUACGUCAUAUUUCCUUUUCACUGUGUAAUGCUCAGCUCCUUCUGUUGGCUGUACUGGAGUUUUAGGCAUGCUUCAAAAAAUAAAUAUAUUUAUGUUUUU